GGUAUUCUGUGCUAGAAUUAACUAUGACACUCAACGUGAUAAUGUUAUGGUGAAUAGUGAAGCAACUUAGAAUUAGUAUCAGUGAAAUCAAGUAAACUCGUUCCCACUUCUUAUACUACUGUAAAUGAUAGUAAAAAUAUCGAAGUUUGAAUUUAAACAAUAAAAGGAAUACUAUUUAGUAAGCACAAAUCUGCCACUUAGUUUGGUUUGAGCGCAACAUGGGUUCCGUUUUCACCCAACAUUUGAUAUGUUGUUUCAUUGGCUUACUGUUCAUACUGAAUUCCCUUAACACUCAGAAAGAACCCAGCUGUAGCCGUGCAAAAAACUGUAAUGAGUGCAUGGGAAUACGUCCAGCGUGUUCAUGGUGUACCGCAGAUGAGUUCGAUGACACGAAAGAGGGUCCUGGAUACCGAUGUGCACCGUCAUCUAUUUUAUCAUCGCGUGGGUGUCCCAAAGAUAAUAUAGAAAAUGUGGAAUCCAUGGUUCUUGAUCAUGGAGUUCCCUAUGAGCAGGUCAGUACAAGUGAAGACAUACAACUUACACCACGAUCUCAGUCAGUAAAAAUUCGACCUGGAGGCACUAUGGUGGUCAACUUCACCUUCCAGUCAAUUUCGGAUUACCCCGUUGACCUCUACUUUCUAACUGAUCUUAGUUACACGAUGAUUGAUGAUCUGGAGACAGUUUCUCGCUUGACAAAUGACAUUGUACUAACUAUGCGUAAUGUAACAAAGAAAUUACAAAUGGGAUUCGGUGCUUUUGUGGACAAACCAGUAUUUCCUUUUGUUGUGCCCACUCCAGAAUACCUUCGAAAUCCAUGUUUGAAUGUAGGGACUAAGAAUCUUCACUGUGAUCCGCCAUUUUUAUAUAAACAUAUCCUAUCACUAACUGAUAAUUUUGAAGAAUUUCGAGAGAAGACUAAAGUAGCACGGCCUUCGGGUAAUUUAGACAGCCCAGAGGGCGGUAUGGAUGCAUUACUUCAAGUUUCUCGAUGCGGAGAAAUUAUUGGCUGGCGUGCUGGUGCUCGAAAAAUUGUACUAUUUGCUUCUGAUGGUGGCUUUCAUUUAGCUGGUGAUGGUCGAAUUGCCGGAUUAAUACGUCCUCCUCCGACCACCUGCCAACUAACGUUUCAGGCUGAUCGGUUUAAUUCGUCACUUAAAUACCUUGGUUGGCAUAAUUCUGAUCAAACUGACUAUCCUAGUGUUGGAGAGAUUGCUCAAGUUCUAACUGAAGCUGACAUCAGUGUCAUCUUUGCAGUUGACAGUAAACUACAUGGUUUGUAUACUAAACUUGCAGGAUUCUUGCCAAGUGCAGCUGUUGGCAUCCUAAGUGAUAGUUCAACAAAUAUUGUUCGCCUGUUGCGUGAUAAUUAUGAUAAAAUUGUGAACAAAGCGGAAUUAAUGGCUAUAUAUGAUGCAGAUUAUCUUGAAGUCCAGGUAUUUUCCAAGUGUAAUGGUGAAGAGGAAUUUUCGAAGAAAACGGUAUGUAAUGAUCAUCCAGUUGGUGGACAAAUCAGCUAUCAAAUAUCCGUAAAGGCUAAACGAUGUUUUCAAGAUGUCAAAAAAGUGGUCUUGAAAAUGGUUGCUUUGGAAGAUCAAGCUGUACUUGGUGUCCAAACUGCGUGUUCAUGUCCUAGCUGUGAGAAGUUACCGACGCCUAGUUCUCUAACCCCAUUCUCUUCAAGAUGUCAAUCUCGUGGACAUUUGCACUGUGGAGAAUGUAAAUGUCAGUCUGGAUAUUCUGGUGACUUUUGUGAAUGCUCAGCCGAGGCUAGUGCUGGUGGUGAUGCUGCUAUGUUGGCACAGUGUACUGAAUACGGUGUGAAAGAGCCUUGUUCAGGUCGCGGUCGCUGUGUUUGUGGGAAGUGCAAGUGCAAUUUAGCUCGUUAUGAAGGUACAUAUUGUGAAUGUGAUCGACAUGGUUGUAAACGUGCCUCAGAUGAUAAUCAAGUUUGUGGAGGACCGCAACGAGGUACUUGUCAAUGUAAUGGUACGUGUGAGUGUAAACCAGGAUAUACAGGUGAUAGAUGCGACUGUAUGGAAAGUGAAAAACAGUGUAUUGAUCCUAAUAAUCCAUCGGGUCCUAAAUGUUCUGGUCGUGGUGUAUGCGACUGUGGUCAAUGCUUCUGUAACAGUGGUUAUACUGGUCAUUUAUGCAAUGAAAUUCAAGGCGGUGAAUCGGCAUUGUGCACUGAUCGUGAUGUCGAAAAAUGUGUACUUUGCUUACGUGAUUCAUUGGUCAAAAGUUUUGAGGCAACUGAAAAGGCUAAAGGGGAAGAAAUGGAAAAAAUAAAUACUGAGGCAGAAGAAGCGUCUUUAAGAUUAAAUCAAGGUCAACCAGGGUCUAUGAUCUAUUCAUCACCAGAGUAUGCAUUGGCUGCUGGUCGAUGUGAAGCUGCAUGUAAUGGUACUGUUGUAGACACUAGUCGAGUGAAACUAGUUGAAGUCAGUGAACAAAAGGAUGAUUCAAACUUGUGUAUCAUUUAUACGGAAGAUAAUUGUCGAGUGUUUUUCACCUAUCGUUAUUCUGAUGCAAUCUAUGUGAAUCGUAAAGUUGAUUUGAACAUUAUUCGAAAAAGUGAAUGUACCAAGACGAUAAAUAUUCUAUACAUUGUCCUUGGUGUUAUUGCAGCCAUUGUACUAGGUGGUCUGAUACUCCUGUUAAUCUAUAAACUUGUCAUUACCAUUGAUGACCGACGUGAAUUGGCCAACUUUAAACAACAAGGUGAAAAUAUGCGUUGGGAAAUGGCAGAGAAUCCUAUCUUUGAGUCACCAACAACAAAUGUUCUCAAUCCAACAUUCGAAGAAAAUGGAUACUGAAAUAAGAAAAUCACGUGGAACUAACUACCAAAAUUAUCAGAGACGAUAGUAUUAUAUUAAUAUAUGAUUCUCUUUCAAGCGUAAUCUUGCAAAACUACUUUUCCAUUUCUCCAUGUUUUGUACUUGAACGGCUGCAUCUUUAAUCAUUUUAUUGUAUAAAAUGUUUUUUGGGAUCUCAUUUUACUUUUUUUUUAAAAGAAAAACUUUAUAUAUCAUGAUAUAUGUGGCACACUGUUUUUGCACUUGGUUUAACUUUCAAUUGAUACACACUUAUCUCUGAUAUAAACAAAACGGACUUAUAUGUGCCUUACCGUUUGAAUUUUGAAAAAAAGGUUAAGCGAUGAACCUACAGCUGACGUUUACUUUUGCUUAUUGACUUCACUAUCUCCUAUUUAUUUCAUAUUAAAGCAUGUUUCAUCAUUAUAUAUAUUAUUGUAUACACAGUUCUGCAUGCAUUUUGUUUGAUUUUUAGCUGCUUUUUUAUCGCAUAGCUUUUUUUUAACACUUCUGUCUGUUUUGACACUGCGCCUUGAACGCUGAACACUAAUCGUGUAUAGUUGUAUUUCUCCUCAAUUUGCCCUUCUAAAUACAACAUUCGAUUGGGGGGGGGGAGGACUUUUCCCAACAAUCCCUUUUCACAAUAUAAUGCUUCUGUUAUUGCCUCUCCAAAAUCUAUCAAAACAAACUCUUUCUAUACUUUUUAUUGUAUUUCACUACUUCUAUUGAAAUGUACUGGUUUUUUGGGCUGUUAGAAAGAGUGCUUUACUCAUUUAUGAUAAUAUAAUAGGAUGUUAAUUACAAGCGAAAUUGUCUUUUCUGUUUUAUCUGCAUGUGUGUGUAUGUGUUUGUACGCAACAAAAGAAUGAUAUACCUUAUUGUUACUUUCAGCCUAAGUCGAUUUGCGGUUCAACGUACUAAUAGAUAGUUGUGGAAACUUCCUAAAAAUCUGAAGAUGCUUUUCUCCGCGAGUUAUUUUCUGUGAAGACACUACUAGUAAUUGUAUUUUAAAGCAUCUAAAGACGGAUAAGCACUACAUUGAAUCUAAACUUCUUUCUGAACUAAACACAUUACCCUUUCUGUACCGCUUAAUACUUAACUUGCCCAACAUUGUUAAGAAACUAAACUUGUUUGAGCGUCUAUGACUCCUUAAUAUAACUAAACCUAUUCUCCAUUGACAUAUGAAGUAUUACUGUUGUGGAGAAUUUAGUAGGUCACAAAAGGCAUUAUUCCUAUCACUGAAACGAAAGUUAAUUAUUUUUUAAAACUCUAAUACGAACAACACUGACUGCAUACAAACAGUU